CAAGUGUUUGCCACAAGAAUGACACUCAUCUCAAGAGUGCAUCAUGGUUUUGGAGAAGUCGUUGGAUCUUUGCCCCUAUUGUGUGGAUGGUGAGGACUCUGUGUGAGCUGUCUUCUGAUGAGCGCUUCACUGUGCGAGUCUGUGUUUCUGCCUUAAGGCUUCUGGCCGAGCCAUCCGACUGCUGGUUUAUCUGCUCCAACACACACCCUCUCACUGGGGAAGUGCCGCUCUGCCACCUCCUCCGCCUCCUCAUUUCUGCUGACUCUCUGCUCACCCUCUCCUCAUCUCCUCACCUCACCCGUCUCUGGAUGCCAGUAGUUUCUAGUCAUGGAGCAGACGACGGUCACACACCAACCAGGACCGUCAGUCUCCAAAGUCUCAGCAUCAGUGUUUCAAGAGGAGGAAGUGGGGGGCUUCACCACAGGAAGUGAAGAUAACUGGAGGUCAAAAAACGUCCCUGCAGAGACAGACCCAAUACUCACACAGCCUGGACUCGGCAUCACCACGACAACCAUCACCACCAUCACGCAGACGGGAGGAGACUGGAGCACUGGCCUGUUUGACAUCUGUGGAGACAAGACUACAUGUAUCCUCGGGGCUCUGGUGCCAUUCUGUUUAGACCUGAGUUUAGCUCAUCAGUACGGUGAGUGUUUGUGUAUGCCCCUCCUACCAGGAUCCACUUUUGCCAUGCGAGUCGGGAUCAGAGAGCGGUAUAAGAUACGGGGAAGUGUGUGUGAGGACUGGACCACAGUGUAUUGCUGUUACCCUCUGGCUGUAUGUCAGAUGAUAAGAGAGAUGAAGCGGAGGAUGAAGACUCAGACGUAUCAUGUGUCCACUGCCCUCGAGUGCUCCUGAGGAAACUCCAGACAGAAGAUGAGGCUUUUCCUUUCACAGUGCAACAGAGGCCGAUGAACAGCAUGGUAUGAAUAGCAUGAAGAAUCAAUACUAUAAGGUUUGAAUGUACUUUUAAAUGCUCCUGAGGAUGCCUUGGACAAUAAAUCAAAUCUAUGCUGCAACUUUCAAAGAAGACCUGGAAGGGAUGAAGUUUGAUUAUACAACAAGAGAAAUCACAGCUGUUAGAUCUGAACAGUGUGUAGGGUUUAAAACUGCCACGAAAGAUGUUAAAUUCUGACUGAAACCAGCCUUUAAACUGCUGUUGGACUCCUGUUUAGAGAGGAUAUCAUGACUAUGUUCUGCUUUUCUAGCAGAGCCAAGAGUUCCUUAAUUACAUUUUGAAUUGAGUGAAAAGCAGGUGGCAAGACACAUGCUUAUUUGGUUUCAGUGGCCAUCAUUGUCAGCAAAUAGCACUAAACAUCUGGUAUAACUCUCAGUGAGACAAUAGAAAGUUUCAAAAAACAGCAAAGUCGAUACUCCAACUAAUGAAACUGCCGUGUAAGCAGCUUUAUCUGUUCAUCUUAAUCAAGAUAAUCAAACCCAUAUUAAUACAUGUAGAACUUGAUCAAAGACAACGACUAAAGAGUGAAAAUUUAGCUUUGAAAAACUCAGCAACAUGUCCUUCAAAACACAAUGUCCUUUGUGCUCUCGAUAGUCCAUGAAGCUCGCUGACGACAGUUCAGAGAAGCAAUUUCUUAGAUAGGAAGUUGUACAAAUGAGGUAAGUGAGAAAACUUUCUGUGGAUUGUGUGAACCGAUCCCUUUAAUCCUGUCUUGCAUGCCAAAGGUCACUAGACACAUUAAUGUGUUUGGUCUCACUCAGAAAUGAAGGGAAGAUGAAGUGCGGGAACAUGAAGCUUUCCAGACCUUGAGGCGCAAAUGGGACAAUAUCGACGGCUCGGAAUAAUAAAUUUUAUUUUCAGGCUCAUAUUUGAAAUAAAUCCAAAUAAAGCCAGAGAAGCACAGAAAAGCUGAAUGCCACUUCAGUUCGAUCUUAGCAGUCAUUUGGUUUCUUAAGUAAGCAUUAACGCUUUUGAGAGUUGAUUUGAGACAAGUGAGUGAGUCAUUUCCAGGUGCACAACCACCUGUCUGAUUACAUGGUAUGCAGGCCACAGUGCAGUUCAGAUUACAGUCAACAGUUCAAGUACAGUCUGAUGAUAAUAAAGCCUAUUUCCAUAUUUCUAUUAUUCUUUUAUCCUCCUGUUCCUCGGUUCACCCUCAGGCGUUCAAUCAUAUUAUUAAUCCAGUCCUGAUUGCUGUGGUUCCCUGGACCUGAAAUGCCAACCAGCAAGAACGGAUAUGAAAAUGUUAUUUAUACACAAAGCAGAUGGGUCCUCAAAGGGCAAAUAUGUAAUUUCUUAAAUUCUACGGAUGUGGUUCCCACCCCACCUGCCAGCUGCUUCAGAUGAAAUGGGUGAAAAAGAGAAAUUGGUUUGGUGUCAAAAAGGAGAGAGAUGUGAAUAAUAACAUCCAACCAUAUUUUACAUAUAGUACUCCUUGUAUAGUCUUCAAAGAGUUAAUCAUUUGAAUGAAAAUAAAUAUUUCUAGAUCA